GGCGGUGCAGAGGUGAGUGAGUGGGGGUGGCACGCGAUGAAUGAAGCAGCGGUUGGUGGGGGGAUUUUUGCCGGGGUGGGUUGGCGGCCUGAGCCAAGCUGAGUGCUUGGUGUUAGUGGCAGUGCAGUGCAGUGCGGUGUCAGUAGUCGCGUCUCGACCUGUGAGUACUUGUAGUGAGUGGGGCCGUGUGUGACAAUGGCAAUGUGAAGACAAGUAGUGAGUGAUAUGUCGGCUCAGGGGGUGGUAGAACGAGCCAGCGCCGAGUUGUCGAAGCGUAUCAAUGGUCUGGCACUGCGGAGCAAGCACCACGCGGGACAGCGAGGGGGCAAGGGCAGCGUGAUGGACCGAGUGACGAGUGCGCUGUGUGGCAGCUCCAACGUGCCACCUGACAAGCCGUCACGUUUGUCACGAGCAGCCAAGGGCUCGCCCACACCGCAGCCGCAGAGGAGACUCUUGCUGGCCAACAACGACGCGCUCUCCUGGGACGAAUUAUGGCAUGAUGAACGCUUCCUGGCGCAGUUCUUCGCCUACUUCACACCGGGCGAGCGUCGCGUGCUGGCGCGUGUGUGCACACGGUGGCGUGACGUGCUGUACCGUGGCCCACCUCGGACGUGGGCCGGUCUGCUCCCCGUGGUGAGAUGUCGCGAAUUGCGAGCUGCAUCCCCGCAGGAGCGAGCUCGCCUCUACGCGUCGCUGCUGCGUCGUGGCUUCCACGCUGUCGCCCUGCUCGGUGCCACUGACGAGGAUGCCCUCGACCUCGUGCACUCGUUCCCUCUCGCCGCCAAGCACGUGCACUCGCUCAGCCUGCGCUGCUCCAGUGUCAGCGAUCGCGGACUCGAGGCUCUCCUCGACCACCUCCAGGCGGUGUUUGAGCUGGAGUUGGCGGGCUGCAACGAGGUGACGGAGGCGGGACUGUGGGCGUGCCUGUCGCCGCGCGUAGUGAGCCUGACGCUGACGGACUGCAUCAAUGUGGCGGAUGAGGCGGUGGGAGCGGUCGCACAGCUGCUGCCUUCGCUCUACGAGUUCUCGCUGCAGGCCUAUCACGUGACCGAUGCCGCCCUCGGCUUCUUCUCGCCCAAGCAGAGCGCCUCCCUCACCAUCCUCAGGCUCCAGUCCUGCUGGGAGGUCACCAAUCACGGUGUCGUCAACAUCGUUCACUCGCUGCCGAACUUGACGGUGCUGAGCCUGUCGGGAUGCAGUAAGGUGACGGAUGACGGCGUGGAGUUGAUCGCCGAGAACCUGCAGAAACUGCGCUGCCUCGACCUGUCCUGGUGCCCGCGCAUCACGGACGCCGCUCUCGAGUACAUUGCCUGCGAUCUCAACAUGCUCGAGGAACUCACUCUUGACAGAUGCGUUCACAUCACUGACAUAGGAGUUGGGUACAUCUCGACGAUGCUCUCUCUGUCGGCCCUCUUCCUGCGCUGGUGUUCACAGGUGCGCGACUUCGGCAUCCAACACCUGUGUGGCAUGAGGAACCUGCAAGUGCUCUCUCUAGCUGGUUGCCCACUGCUAACAUCGAGUGGCUUAUCUAGUUUAAUUCAGCUUCGUCACCUCCAGGAGCUCGAAUUGACCAACUGCCCUGGUGCUUCGCGUGAACUUUUCGAAUAUCUAAGAGAACACCUGCCUAGAUGCUUGGUCAUCGAGUGAACAUCAUAUGAACGAAAUAGCACUUGACUUUUACGAAAAAUAUGAAUGUAAACCUAUCCAACCCGAUGUAUAACUCUUGGACGAGACUUGAGAAGUUCAUCAUUCCCUUCUAAGAUGACCUGGAAUUGACAUCUAGACUAGAAUAGUCCGUAUCUGUCUUCACAUUUUCUCCUUGCAUUUCGCCUCUGAACCGUGACAGUAGAAGUGAUAUAUGGUAUUGAAAGGUACCUUAUUGACCUGAUAAGAUAGUAAAUCGAAAAAUUGGAAAAUUAUUCCAAGCUGGAAUAUAAGGCUUAAAUAAUUGGAACUUUAUUAUUUAUCUAAUAAUAAAGGCUUCAAUAAUUUAAACCUCACUUAACUUGAUACAUUGUUUUUUCCAAAGUGAAAUGACAAGUUUUUUGACAUUAAGAUGUGAUGCUGAUGUUAUGCUAUCAAUAUUGUGGUAUACUUUACACUUUUUUUGUAAAGUUGUGAAAUAUCAGUUACGUUUGACAUUAGCAUGAAUGGGAUAUAGGAUAAAGCUCGAGGCAUGUUUCACUUUUCUGCCUUGAAAGAUAUAGGUAGUUUAUUGAAGUUGGAGUAACUCUUGAGAAAUAUUCAAGAGUAAAUUAAAAUGAUUUUUUGCACUCUCAGUUCAUGAUAGUACUGAUAAAUAAUGUGCAACCUCUAUAAGUAAAAAUUAAAUCUCCAUUUUAAUAAGAGUUCAUAACUUAUCUUGGUGAUAAUAUGUUGAAUUCUCUGUUAUUUAUGCUGAAGAGCACUUUGAAGUAUUCAUGUGUACACAAAAUGUGUAUAUGUAGUGUGGAAUACCUGAUGAUAGAUUGGUGUAGGUGUAGCGAUGUUCACAGUUGUGUAUAAAAUGGUUCCUCUCUCCCUGCUCUCGGAAGAGAGUUUGUAAAUAGACAAAAAUCUAACUUUCCCCUCAGCUGUUGAUGUAAAACCUUCCAAUGAGUAUUAUGAACUGGAUACCCCACUAUAUGUACCGUCCAUUAUAGAUUAAAACAUCAUAAUUAUUGAAUCGGGUCCUAACUUUGAGAAGUGUAAUAGGGAGUUUAAUGUGGAAUUGUUAGUGUAGCUGUGGUCCAAAACAGGCCCUCUUCACCCAACUAUAUAUUUUCCUAUUUCAUGUAAAAACAGAACAUGUAUUAUAGUUGAUGUCGAUAUAUUUAUGUGGGUGGUUCUUCUGCUGAAAAUCUCUGUGUUGCAUUAUUCAGUGUAUGUUUAAAAAUCAAUGUAAAAAUUUGUCAAUGACAUGUUUAAUUCUUCACCUCUUAUAACAUCUUAUAACAUUAUAUUCAACACGUUUGUGCAAGCAAAAAUAUCUUAUCAGUGUGACCGUGAAAUUGUUUGCUCUAAGUAUAAAUUUGUAUAAAUAUAUUUUGAAAAGUUAUAAUACUAUAAAGUUUUAUUAGAAAAAACUUUUGAUUUACUCAAGUCGGUUAUUAUAACCUACUCUCCAAAAAUAUGUGGAGAAUAUAAAAAUUCUGAUGAUAACAAGCCAAUUUUCAAUUUGUACUUGUCGAUAAGUAUAUCCAGUCUAAUGAAAUAAUGAUUUGAGAAUAGAUGAUAAAAUAACCUCUAAAAACUUCACAUCAUCUGUAGAGUAAAAUUUUCCUUUUGAAAAUUGAAAUAUUCGAAAAUGAAUAUUUUUCUAGAAUAAUUUGUGUUAUUAAGAGCUUUAAUUUUUUGAAGAAAAAGUAAUUGAAUUCUUAGAAAGACAGCAAGUGAGAAGUUAAUACCGAUCCGCUAAAAGUUUCAGAAUGAUAAGUGAAAGGUCUCGUAAGGGUAAUUGGGUAUAGGUGUUGAACAACGGAUAAUAAUUAAUGAUUAAUAUCCUUUAAAUAUUGGAAUAACGAGGAAAAAGAAUGAGAAGCCAUCUUCAUUGUCAAAGUCUGAAAAGUUGGAAUGGAAUGUCCGACACUGACUGAAAAUGUGCAAUUCAAAAUACUAUUGAAAAAAUACUUCAUCUGAUUUCACAUUCUUGAGAUGAAGAUUUGAAACGAAUACGUCUGACCGUGAACAUCCUUACUAUGUACAUCUCUACUAAGUAAAGUAUAAAAUACCAAAACUUGAAUAAUAGCGUAACAUAUUCUGGUUCAGUAAGACAACUGUUGCCACUGCUAAAUCAACCUUGUUCUUUGUCGAUUUCAACUAUUGCAAUGGAUGUAGCUCAUAUCAAUCUAUAUUUCCAUCUUCUUUCAAGCAUUCUUUUUACAUUUCUGAAAUGGUUUGGUUUUCAAACGAAUAACCGGUUGAUAUUCCUAACUAUUGUAAAUUUAUUCAAAUAAAUUCUAUGGGAAUGAGUCAUAUUCUGUCGCAAAAUAUUGGAUGAUUGAUAUAAAUGAAUAAGACCAAUGAAGGGUGGCUUCGAUUUCUGAUGUUGUAUUACUGCUUGGCUGAGAAAGCCUACAACAUACUUUCGAAUUAUUGAAGCUUCAGUAGUAUAGUCUUAUAUUCUAAGCAAUGAAAAUAAAUAGUGCUGUCCAGUCAUUGCAAAUAAUUAAAGAGGUCAAUAAAACAUAAAUAAUUAUUCUAUAACACUAGAUGAAGACCUCCAUUUUUAAACAAAUAAGACUGAAAAGUAUAAGUUGUGAUUAUUGACUAAUGAGAAAACAUUGGAUUAGAUUAGUUGAUUAUAAGUUAGGAUCCUAUGUACACUUGAAUUUAGCAUGAUAAUUUAGUAUUUUACGGACUCAUUUUAUUAGUUUCAAGUUUGUUAGAAACUAAAUAAUUACAUACUUCAGGUUUUCUAGAUGAGUGAUAUAAUCUAUAUGAAAUUAAGUGCAAUAUCUAGCUUUCGUUAAUCUUGUUUUGCAUGCAUGUUCAGCAUAUUUCUGGCGACUCCACAAACGUCGGCAUUUUCUCUGAUUAAGAAUCGAUAAAUUACUCUAUCUAGUACCACUUACACUAUCUUUCUUCUACAAGCUGUUAUAUUAGGUGUUCUAUAUAUAGGAUGAGUGGAAUGCGAAAAAUUGGUUGAUAUUUUUUUUAUGAGAAUAGUAAACCAAUUAUUAUUUUUUAUUUAUUUAUAAUACAUUUCCAAACUGUUUAAACAAUUCCAAAAUCAAAAUACAGUAGCUAUUGUCUAUCAAUUUUCCAGGCAAAAUGCGACAGUUUUUGAAAUAGAAAAAAAUAGAAUGGAGAACUAGAAAUAUUUCUUUCUAGAAAAAAUAAAGUGUUUUGCUUGAUUAACUGACGACCUGUUUGUCAAUUGCAGUGUGCAGUAGGCAGACCGGUGAUGGUAACUUAACAACCCGGGUAUGCUACUAGAUAAUGCUAUCGUAAAUUGACCUCAAACAUCGGUUGCAAAAUGUCAAUUAGGCAUUCUGGUGCUCCUGUCAGAUGCUAAUCUAUGAAUUCAGGUCCAGAAUUGAGAAUUUUUCAAAGUUAAUCUUUGGAAUAGCCUAUAUAGCUGUUUAUUUUCAAGUUUCUAGUGCUGAGCUUUUAUAAAUCAGUGAAAAUGCUGCACAUAAUCCAGCCAAUGACGUUCUUAGUUUUUGUGAAAUAUUAUAAUAAAAUAAUUCUGCACUAAAUACGAGUGCAACUUCCAUUAGUUUAUCGCUCAUGUAUUCAAAGACAUUUGUCACUUUCAGAGUGCAUAUGUAAAUAAAAAUUAUAGAAUUGUACAUAAAAUGAAAAAGUGAUAAAAUAUUUUAUUAAAAUGUUCAAAUGUAACUCAUUACAUGAUUCUCGAUAACUAUAUCUGUCAAUAAUUAGACUACAGUCAUGAUUAAAUAAAUAAAAUUGUAAUGAAACAUUUCCACAAUCUGCUAAACAAUUGUUUGAUAAUUAUGAGUUGGUUGAAUAUCCCCCACUAUGCACAUAGAUGUGAAUUAUUUUAAUUAUUAUUGUAAACGUAUUCGGAUACUUGUCUCUGUGUAUAGUGUUAGGAAAGAGAAGGUCGGUCAUGUCAAUAAAAAACCUAAAGAAUAAUAAAAAUUCUAUAGAUUUGAUUCAUGAAUAACUGUAAAAACACUGUAAAUAGUUUACAUGAGUGGUGAUUCUCUUCAAUUGAUUGUUAAUGUAAUUCCAAUUCCUGUUUGUAUGACCGUAUUAUUGUUAGAUGUUUAAUUUAUCUUGGAUGUAUGAUGUUUCCUUCAGUAAACUUUGUAUUCAAUUCCAAUUUAAUUAUAGUGUAGGUAUUAUUUAACCCUAUAGAACUUGUAAAUUUCUUGUGGUGAGUAUUGUUGGUGAAUAUAACAAAGAGUUAUAUUUUUAAAUACAAUUUUUGUGGUUAUCUCUUGUGGUAGUAAGGUCGUGAACAAACUCAUCAAUAGAGAAUGUAUUCGUCACAUAUAUAUAAUAUAUACUAGAAAUUCAUAGGAAAGCUCUAUCAACCAUGUGUCUUAAAGCAAAACUAUCCUAAACUAUUACAAACGCUACUAACUUAGAUUCAAUAGUUCUUCAUUUUGUAGUCAGUCCAGGUUUUUACUUACAUUGUGUUAUGAAUAUUUUGUGGUGUACUAGAUCCACUCUAGUAAAUAAUAUACUUUCAGCUUCAGUCUCUCGAAUUCCAUAUUGAUUGAUACUAAGUACCUAAUAGAAUUUUUACUUAUCUAAUAAUGUACCAGUAAAAUCAAUUCAACCCUAAUUCGUUAAGGAAAACUUGAUUUCUUUGGUGUAUUAAAAACAUUCUAUAUUAAAUUCAAACCUGAAUUUUAUAUUGAAGUGACAUGUAGAUAGAUCAAACACAAGUCUUGUAGAACCUAACAAAUUUAUUCGAAAUUGAAGCCCAGAUUGGAAUGACUUUCUUUAGUAAUUUAAUCUUAUAUAAUUUCAAUGUCAGUUGGGAUUUAAGAGCCUUAAAUUCAGAAGUGAAUUUAUACAAAUGAAUAAGUUCAUUAAAAAUAGUGCAAUAUACUUCAUUCAUCUUUAGGCCUACUUUCCGAUUUAAAAUUCCAACUCAUUUUACUUCCUGCACACUGAGAUUAGUGGAACCAUAGAGAAACAAUAGCAUAAGUAGAUAUCCCAUGGUAUAGGGCGUUUAUGUCGCAACUUUUACUGUCAUCUCAAACUGAUAGUGCACGUAGUUCUUUCCUGUGAAGCUUUAUGACACUGGUAGUCUCUCAUAUUGUGCCGUUCAUACACUCUUACCCGGUCAAAACAGUAAAAAUCGACAAUAAUCGGCUUGAGAUAACAGUAAAAGUUGCGACAUAAACGCCCUAUACCAUGGGAUACCUACUUAUGCUAUUGUUUCUCUAUGGUGGAACACAAACUAAUUUAUUAUCAUUUUUCAAUAGCUUUUCGAUUGAUAUCCAUCUAAUCAUUGAAAACAAGCAAACAACCCCAAAUCCAUCCUCCUAUCAUAACACAAUAUCACACUAACCCUAGUUAUAAGUAAAAAACUGGACCAGAUAAAAGCUUUCAUCCACAAUUUAGACGAACUAUUCAACAGAGAAUAAAAUCAGUGAUAAUAGGCCAGCAAUUAUUCCAAUAAUAACUUUCUGGACAUUUUUCUAUCUCAUAACAUUUGAGUUGCAGUCCUCCAUUUCUACCUCAAUUCAACACCGAUAAAUAAUAUAAACAAUAGCCCACGUGUUAUGAGAAUGGAAUGGAAUAGAUAAGAGAGCAAGAACUUAUCUAAUAGUGCAAUAAUAGGUGUGGACGAUUUGCAAAAACUUUCACUAUAGCUGGAUUCUUGUUACCGUAUAUGUUAACUGUUCAUUAUUACGUCUCAUAAUCAUAAUUUCUGAUCCACGUGCAUGCUCUUCCAUGAGUAAAAACUGAUGUCAAAGUCUAUAGAAUACGAGUGUGCUACUGUUUCUCCUGCAUCUUCACUAGGCUCUUGAUAGAUUAUACCAGAAUAAUUCCACAUUAUUGGCGAAACUUUACACAUUUGAACAAAUAAAUAACAUUGACCUGCCCUACUUUGUAAAUUUCCCACUUACCAUGAGGUAGAAUAGUUUCUCAGAAGCUGAUGGAUUUAAAUGCUCCUCACAAACAUUUGUUAAAAGAUGAAGAUCAUUCUCGAAUUAACCCAUAAUAUUGCAGAAUACUCUAUAAAGAUUUAUAAAAUUGAAAAUACUCUUUUCUCUUACCUCAUACGUUCUUGUAUAAUUUCAUGGAAUGAACAGAGAGCUUCAGAAAUACAACUGAUGAGUCAGAAAUUAUGAAUGUGAGGUGGUACCAUAACAGAAUUGUAGCUUGGUAUCAUUGUUGGUCAUUCCUACUGUUGAACAGAACUGUGAUGUAUCCUGUAUUGUAAAUUGAAUCUCUAGUCGCAAUAAAACACAACUUUCAAAUGAUAU